CUUUUUCAGCAUGUCCUUGUCCUGGCUCCAGGGGACUCCCUGGGAGCCCGGUGCGCUCCUCGCGAGAAGCUAGGUGGGAAGAAACGCGGUAAUUGCGUCGUCCAUGAGGGGUAGAGUCCUGCCGAAGGCCCCCUCGUGCAGCCAGGCGGUCCCGAGACCCGUCUGGGGUUUCCGCUGCCGCUGGCCGGCCCGGAGGACCCGCGCGGGCCGCGGCGUGAGUGAAACUCCGGCGCCGGCUCCGCCGCUGCUCCCGAGCGGGGCUCGCUCCGGUCUCUGCGCUCCCCGCUCCCGACUUUGCCGCCGCUCCCCGUCGGGGGCGCGGGCUCCUAUGUCAGGAGAGAUUGGGACCUGGUCCCCAUCAUUCAGUGGAGACUAUGCGACCGUCGCUGCUUCACCGCCCACUGCAACCAGAAGACGCUAUGUGCCGAGUGCCGAGAAGGUGGUCCCUGCUGCCCAGCCCCUGCUGGCCUCUCUGUGUGCACAGCAGGUCAGGAUGGGGAGGUGCCUGGUGCCCCGACUGCCUGCCCUCCCUGUGUGCCUCGCCGUGGUCCAGCUGCUCAGCCCCUGCUCAGCUGAGUUUGCUGUGGUCGGACCCCCCGAGCCCAUCCUGGCCAUGGUGGGUGAAGACGCAGACCUGCCCUGUCACCUGUCCCCGGAGAUGAGCGCUGAGAACAUGGAGCUGACAUGGGCAAGACUCAGCCGCAGGCAGGUAGUGUACAGGUACAAGCACGGGCAGGAGGAGACGCUGGCAGAGGAGUAUCGAGGGAGAACUUCGAUUUUACGAGAGGACGUCACUGUGGGGAAGGCCGCUCUUCGGAUUCGCAACGUCAGCGUCUCAGACAACGGAACCUACCUGUGUUAUUUCCGAGAUGGAGGCUUCUAUGCAGAAGCCCAGGUGGAGCUGCAGGUGGCAGCGCUGGGCUCUGAUCCCCACAUUGACAUGAAGGGCUACGAGGCUGGAGGGAUCCGUGUGAACUGCACGUCUGCCGGCUGGUACCCGUAGCCCCAGAUCCAGUGGAGAGACGCCAGGGGACAGAGCUUGCCCUCGGAGGCAGCACCUGAGGCUGCAGACCCCCAGGGCCUUUAUGCAGCCUCAGCCUCUGUGAUCCUGGAAGGCGGCUCUGGGGAGGGGGUCUCCUGUGUCAUCAGAAGCCUCCUGCUGGGCCUGGAGAGGUCAGCCAGGCUGUCCAUUGCAGGUGAGUGCCCUGCCCCCUGCCCUGGGCUCCUCGGUUCCCCUGGGGGAAGGCACAGGGUUAGCUGCUGACCUAUGUGCCUGGGGUACAUGAGGGCACCAAGCAGGGACCUGGCGUUCCUUCCCCUGAAGUGGUUCAUGUCACAGACGCCUUCUGAGCACUCCCUGCCACACACGGAGCCAGGCAGUGAGACGUGGGGGCAGAUGGGAAAGUUCAGCAAACACACCAGGAGGGAAUAUUGGGACAUCCCAAAUCUCAGUGAAAGGGCUAAUCUCCUUACAACAUGAAGGAACACGGUGGAUAAAAGAGCAAGAACAGGAAUCAUCAGUUUCUGGGAAGGUAAAACUCCCAGGAGGAUGCCAAAUCUGACCGAACAGGGAGCUAUUUCGCCCUGUGAAUUUGGCCGCAGCAGGACAAACGAGGUGGUGGGCGCCCUCUGGUGGCGGGCUGUGGGGAGACAGCCCCGUAGCCGUCUGUGCUCCCGUGUUGGAUGGUGUUGCUGGGGGUCGGCCCCCCGUGCUGUGGGGGCGCAGGGCCGUCUGCACCCGAACUGCCCACUGACUGAUGCAAAACCCACUUCUGGGGACCACCCCACGGGCCAGCCUGCAGCGGUGGGACGUGACCCCUGUCACCGGGUAUUUUUAAACCAGUGAUCCCCGGGACAAAUGGCAGAGUCUGGGGUGCCCACCAGAGGGGACCCAGUGUAUGGCGGACACUGCCCUGCAGGAGGAACACGGGCGUGCGGGCUGUGCUGGAGCGGGCAGGUCGCCGAGAUACAUGACGGGACUGACACCAUGCAGAGCAGCCACAUAGGGGCUGUUUUCGCUGUAAACAGGAUUAAACAAAAUAUAUUUACUUUUCAAAACUGAGUGAAACCUGCGUGGCACUCACCCUGCGUCAGGCACUGCAUAAGCACUAACUUCAUGCUCUCACUGAUCAGGACGCAGCAACAGACGGUUACGUCAUUAGUUCAAGGUCACAUCGCUGGUGGGCAGGAGACCCGGGACUGGAACCCAGGUCCCCGAGCUCCAGAGUUCGUUCUUCAUCACCAGACUCCGCAGACUGAGGGGGGCAGGUAGUCAGUGGGGGACGCGUGGUGCAGAGGGGACCUCAGUGACACUGUGCGUCCUCGUGCUCCAUCUCAUCCCAUGGGGGCGGAGACGUUUCAGGAAAACCGUCUUGACUGUGUGGCAGUGAGAGUCUGGGCGCUCUGGAACAGAAAGAUCCCUUCAGGGGCUGAAGCUACCCCUUUGCAGGCGCCUUUUUCAAGGACACACAGCCUUGGAAGGUGGUUCCCCCCCUGACCCUGGUGUGUUUUGCGGUGCCCCUGUCAUCUGUGAUGUGCUUGCUGUGGCGACGGCGGAAGAGGAUCCAGGCCGCGUCCCAGGAGGAGGGGAGAGCACGAGCCGAGAGAGAGGCAGCGCGGGCAGAGCUGCAGCGGCAGCGAAGCGCCCAAGGGUGGACAGACAGCUGGGACCGACCACGGUGGAAGACGGCCCUCUUCUAUCCUGGUCCUAGUGAAGCAGGAGUGUUGGGUAAAAGACGCAAAUGGAGGUCGCUGGAAUCUCUGUGACGCAGUAGAAUCCACGUCCAGCAAAGGGACACCCACC